AGCCACUAUAUUAUAAAAAAAAAAAAAAAAAACAAAGUGCUAAAAACCUUUGCAAUUUCUAGGUGCUAAGCCAGUUUCGCCAACAACUAUUUUCUCUGUCUUCAGCACCAGUUUUGUCACCACCUUCUUCUAUCUUUCUCUCUCUUCCUAUCUGUAACUGAGCAUUAUCAAUGGGGAACCUAUUCUGCUGCAUUCAGGUUGACCAAUCCACAGUUGCUAUUAAGGAGAGCUUUGGAAAAUAUAAUGACGUGCUGAACCCAGGGUGCCACUGUGUCCCUUGGUUUAUUGGUCAUCAGAUAGCUGGCAAGCUCAGUCUUCGUGUACAGCAAUUGGAUGUACGCUGUGAGACCAAGACCAAGGACAAUGUUUUUGUCAAUGUGGUUGCGUCCAUUCAAUAUCGCGCCAUUGCUGAUAAAGCAAAUGAUGCAUUUUACAAGCUCAGCAACACUCGUGCCCAAAUUCAGGCUUAUGUUUUCGAUGUUAUAAGAGGCACUGUUCCAAGGCUAAAUGUGGAUGAUGUGUUUGAGCAGAAGAAUGAAAUUGCCAAAUCAGUUGCUGAUGAACUCGAAAAAGCAAUGUCUCAUUAUGGGUAUGAGAUUGUUCAAACUCUGAUUGUAGAUAUUGAGCCUGAUGAGCAUGUCAAGCGGGCAAUGAAUGAAAUUAAUGCUGCUGCAAGAAUGAGGGUGGCAGCAAAUGAUAAGGCUGAGGCAGAAAAGAUCAUACAGAUCAAAAAGGCUGAAGGAGAGGCGGAGUCCAAGUACCUUUCAGGGUUGGGUAUCGCCAGGCAGCGACAGGCAAUCGUUGAUGGUCUAAGAGAUAGUGUACUGGGCUUCUCAGUCAACGUUCCUGGGACAAGUGCUAAGGAUGUUAUGGACAUGAUCCUCGUCACACAGUACUUUGACACCAUGAAGGAAAUUGGUGCAGCCUCCAAGACAUCAGCUGUGUUUAUCCCACACGGACCUGGUGCUGUGCGUGACGUUGCAACGCAGAUCAGAGACGGACUUCUUCAAGCAUCAUCAUCAUCUCAAUGAUAACCCUACCUAUUGUGAAAAAACAUGUCACCUUGUGCAUAUAUGGUUCUUAUUUGGCUUCUUCUGAUUUGGAUUUCAAUUUCAGCUCCUUGCAAUUUUUUCCCUAGGGAAACUUGCUGCGUCUGGUCAAACUUUUUACCUUCCUAUUAGAUGAUGUUGCUUGUGUGAAAAAGAAAUAUUAUUGUAACAGAUUAGCUUUCAAAGUACAAUUGUGGUUAUAUGAUAUUAACAUUGUUUAAAUUUUAGCAAA